AUGGGUGAUUCAUCAUCAUCUGCGGGUUCUGCAUCAGAUCCAAAGCCUACCGAUCCUAGCAUGUACAUUAUACCUGGGCCUUAUAGAUGGGACGUCCUUCGUAAGAGGACGCAGAGUGCCUAUAUUUCACAGCGAGUGUGGAAUACGGAACACGUGAAUAGACUAAAGACCAGGCGUGGUAGACCACAAGGGGGGCCACCUACCGGCGCUAUUCCAGAGGUGGUCACCGACUACCUCACACAGGCUGGAUUUAUACAUGUUGCCCGCAUGCGACAUAUCCAGAUUGAUGCCCCAUUAAUUAGUGCUCUGGUCGAGAGGUGGAGACCAGAGACACAUACUUUUCACAUGACCCAGGGUGAGAUGACUAUCACCUUGCAGGAUGUGGCCGACAUAUUGGGAUUGCCUACUGACGACAUUGUCGUUAGCAGAUCUACAUCCGAGGAUUGGCCCGCUGUUUGUGUUGCUGUUUUUGGCGCCCAACCACUGGCCAGUGAGUUUCAUCAUUCAGGUGACCUCCGCAUCUCAUUCUUGGAUCAUUUAUAUAACCGAUGGACUGAUCAUGCCGGGGAUCAUGAUCGCGAGAUAUAUUUCACAAAGGCGCACAUUGCCCGCAUGCUGGGGUGUUGGUUGCUUACGGACAAGUCUGGAGGUAGCAAUAUCGGUUGUCGGCUAGUCCCGUUGCUUGGGGGAGGAUUUGAUGAGGUUGGCCGUUUCAGCUGGGGAUCUGCAGUUCUGGCACACUUUUUCAGGAAUUUGUACGAGUGUACAGAUGUCGGUCGAUCUGACAUGGGUGGUUGCCAUAUUCUUCUAAAGAUUUGA